CUCAACUACCUGCUCAACGGCUCUGUCGCGGAUCAAACCUGGCUCACAGCUGCCAAGCCAGAGAGGCUGCUAUAGAAGCACGGUGACUUUCUCCAUGGUUACCCCCAUCGAGGCCGCAAGGUCGUCUUGAGUCGUGACCUCCUCGACUCAGACAUUACUCCAAUAACCCUUGUCGAGCCUGCGGGGAUGAUCGACAGGUUUCUCGAUGAGGUUAGCAAAGCGUCGCUCCGCGCUAAGGCCGGAUCCCCCCUUCUUCUCAUCGUAUUCUGCCACGGAAUUGAGGGCCAUUACCUAUGCCUCGAUAAUGGCGACCGACGCAGGGGUCUCAGCAUCGUACGCCUCAAAGCAGCCCUGGAGCCGGGUGUAUUCGUUACCCUAUUCACAACAGCCUGUUUCUCUGGAGGCUGGGCUAUCACCCCCGAGCUGAAUAUCACAACACUGGCUGCCGCAACGCCUGACGGUGAAUCAGUCUCGUGGCCAGUGUCAAAUAGCAUAGGGCGAGCUUGCGGAUCUGUAUUUGCCGGAGCUACUAUCUCAGCACUCUCAGAUGCUUCCACACCGCUACUUGGACACAGCAGCGCGGAAGAACAGGGCAGCCGUUCGGAAAUCCCAGGUACAGACGAUACCUGCCUCCAACCUAAGGAGCCUACCGAGUUACAGACAAAGACAUGUAACGAGUUUUGUCGUACGGUUACUAAUGUGCUUGGAGCUUCGGGGUUCUCUCGCCUUAUAUCUGAGGACUUCCGUUUCAGCGCGCAGAAUGACGAUUGGGAGUUUUCUUGGACUAGAAGAUCAGGAAUCCCAUUAGCUUAUUUCAAAGAGCGUUGGGAAAGAUUGGCAAUAUACCCUAGGCAGCCGGACACCGACGAUGAUACCAUGGCUACUACCCAUCUCACUGGCGGCGCUGAUACUGACGCCAUCAUCGAUGAUAUGACGCGUGCGAUGGUGCACUCACGAAUAACCAGUAUGGCAAGACUAUUCUUUGACAAGCUUUGCCCUGGUGAUUGGAACCGAGGACAGAAUGUCGCCGUCGCGGGUGGGUUUUUCAAUUUCUACACGGCGACCCUGACGCACCGUCUGCUUCCGAAGUCGCCAAUAUCAUCUCCUUCCGGUGGGACACUCUAGAGGAUUAUUGGGCUCCGAGCGAAAAGUAUGGCAGGGAGGAAUGGGGGGCACGCUAUUCCCCGGUAUGGCAAGCAUUGUUGGAAGGUGGCGCCAAGAUCCACCCGGCGGAUCAUCAGGGGCCCGUGUUCUAUCGCCCUCUCAACUACAUCGCAACAGCCAUCGCCAAAACGUGCACGACCAAGGAGGACACGGACAAGAUGAUAGAGAAGUAUUGCGAAUUCGUUGCAAGCAUCCGGCAGUUUCAUCUCGACCGUGCUGUCAAGUCAAUACCUGUCCGGCGCAAGGGUCACAACUGGCUGAGAACGAUUGGUAGACGCCUCCGCCGCUCGCUGUC